GCUGUCAUAAAUUCCUCCUUACAUGUCAAGGGACAUGCGUGAACUUGCAUGUUCUUGCCUGUAUUAAUUUUUAAAUGUUAAGUAAUUGUAGAUUUAAACUGUAUCGUAGACAAACUAUACGUGGACCAACGUAAUGAAGAGGAUAUUUAAUAUUUACAUGAUGCCAAAAAUCAAUACUCACGAACUUUAAAAAUAUGAGGACUAAAAUUAACUUCUAACGUUUAUUUCAUGAAAUAAAUAGCUUAACAAUAAGAGGAAAAGAAAUGCCUAAUAAAUCCAUGGGAAGUGAAGAUGAUACUUUGCAAAUCCUGUUGGCUACUGAUUGUCAUUUAGGCUAUCAGGAAAAUGAUGCAGUUAGAGGAUCAGAUUCCAUUGUUACUUUUGAAGAAAUACUUAAAAUUGCUGUUGAUAAAGAAGUUGAUUUUAUUUUGUUGGGAGGAGACUUAUUUCAUGAAAACAAACCAUCUCGCAAGGUUCUACACGAUUGCAUCUCCCUGUUGAGAAAGUAUUGCAUGGGUGAUCGACCUGUCCAAUUUGAGUUUCUUAGUGACCAAUCUGAAAACUUUAAGCAUUGUGCCCAACCGAUAGUUAAUUUUGAAGAUUCCAACCUGAACGUAUCCAUACCACUUUUUUCCAUUCACGGCAACCACGACGAUCCUGCUGGUCCAGGAUGCUACUGCAGCUUGGACCUUCUCAGUGCGACGGGUCUAGUUAAUUACUUUGGCAAGUGUACUGACCUACAGGACAUCAACAUAUCCCCCUUGAUGUUUCAGAAAGGUAGGACGAAGUUGUGCCUGUACGGCCUCGGUUCCAUUCGUGACGAAAGACUACACAGGAUGUUCUUGGAAGGUAAAGUGAAGAUGCUGAGGCCAAGGGAGAACUGUGAUGAUUGGUUCAACCUCAUGGUUCUUCAUCAGAAUCGGACAAAGCACGGUGCGAAAAACUACAUUCCCGAACAGUUUCUCGAUAAUUUCUUGGACCUUGUGGUUUGGGGCCAUGAGCACGAGUGUCGGAUUGACCCAGAAGAAAAUGUGCUUCAGGCAUUCUAUGUGACACAGCCUGGAAGUUCUGUUGCCACUUCAUUGUGCCAUGGUGAAGCAGUUCCUAAACAUGUUGGAUUGCUGCAAAUUCGUAAAAAAGAAUUCCAAAUAACCAAAAUACCUCUUCAAACUGUGCGUCAGUUUUACAUCAAAGAUGUAGACCUUAUUGAAACAAGCCUGAAUCUGAAUGACCCUGAUAGUUCUGAAAAAGUGACUGAAUAUUGUCAGGAGCUGGUUGAUCAGUUCAUACAGAAGGCUGAAGAAGAACACACAGGUCAUCCGAAGCAACCUAAGUUACCAUUAAUUCGCUUGCGAGUGUUUUAUCCACCAACCUUUGAUACUUUUAGUGUACAGAGGUUUGGUCAUUCCUAUGUAUCAAAAGUUGCCAACACCAAAGACAUCAUUCUUUUCAGCCGCAAAAAGUUCGAGAAACUGAAAGCGACCGAAAUCGACAAUGAAAUGCUAAAAACAAUAUUGAAGCAAGAAGGUUUCGACAAGCAGCGAGUGGAGGACCUGGUAAAAAAAUACUUUGAGCAAACGGACGAAAACAAGAGGCUGCAAGUUUUAUCCGAAGUUGGAAUCAGCAGCGCAGUUCAGGAAUUUGUAGAUAAGGAAGUAAAGGAGGCCAUCUUAUCAUUAGUUGAUCACCAAGUGAAGAAAACUCAAGGUCACUUAGAGGACAAGGUAGAAGACCACACUUUGAUUGACGACGAAAUAUCGAAAUUCAGAGAAGAGAGGCAGAGGAAUGUUCAGGCAGAAGUGGUAGACUUUCGAGCCAUCCUCAAGACGAAACCGAGGUCCUCUCGCCGUAGCUCUGGUAGUGACCUCGAGGAUGAUAACCACUUUAAUAAUACAACUGUUGAAAUCCCUGCGGCCAAAACAAGAGGUAGGGGAAGAGGACGUGGUAGGGGUAGAGGAGGAAGAGGUGCUGCAUCCAACAAUGAUAGUGUGGUGGCAGCUCCAUCCAGAAGAGCUACUUCCCGUGCUGCUAAACAGGAAACUCCAAAUAAACGCAAAACUAGGCAGACUAAUUUAAGUAGUUUUCUUAAUACAGGUAAUAAUAAUGGUUUCCAGGAAAUAGACUUAUCUGAUGACGAAGAAAUAGUACAACCGAAACGUCGUAAAGUUGCCGCCCCUAAGACUCAGGGUGGUGGCAGAAGAGGGAUUGUGUAUCAAAUAUCAGAUUCUGAUUGAUUAAAUGAUGUACAAAUGUUUAGAUUUUAUGUUUGGUUUUUAGCACUUACAAUUUGAAAUAAAUUUCAUUUUUCUGUUA